AUGUUGUCCGAAGAGUUUUACUCGUCCAUCUGCGGCCCGCCUAUUGCGGCAAACACGGCCGUUUCCAAGGAUGUCGGCAUCUAUGCCCACACGCUCAGCCCCAGCUACGCCGUCAAGUCGACGCUCAAAAAAAGUGCAGCUCCGCCCAAUUGUCUGGCCGUCGGCGACUCGCACGUCUUCGCCGCCCAGCACGAGAAGUCCCAAGUCCAUGUCUACUCGAGAUCGCGCGGCAUCCAGGAAACGACUGUCACCUUCCCCGAGCGCAUCCGCAGCUUGGCGUUGAUAGGCGAUGUCUUGGCGUUAGGGACUUCCGAAGGCAGGCUGAUGUUGUGGGAGACGUGCACCGGCCGCCAGCUGACCACGCCGCCCUGCCAUGUCCAGGCCGUUUCGUGUUUGGCCGUCACACCCCAUCACAUCCUCACCGGCUCCCAAGACUCCAACAUUCAUGUGUGGACGCUGUCUCGUCUCCUGGAGCUAAACGCCUCCAUUGACAGUGAGCCCGACCGCACCCUCUCCAACCAUAGGGCUGCCAUCACCUCGCUCGCCAUCAGCCAGAGUGUCAACCCGGAAACCAACCUCUGCGUCUCGUCGAGCAAAGACAAGACUUGCAUCAUCUGGAACUAUCAAACGGGUGAGGUUCUGCGCACUCUACUGUUCCCCGCGGCUCCGCUCUGCGUUUCCAUGGAUCCCUGCUCUCGUGCCGUUUUCGUUUCAUCCGAGGACAGGUCCCUUUACCUCGUAGAGUUGCUCGGCGAGAAGCCGCUCAUUGGCCCCAACAGCGCUGAAUCAUCUUCGACUGUUGUGCAAGUCACCUCACCAAUUGGCAUCGCCGACGAAGACGCUGGCCCGGCCUCGUGCUUGGCACUGAACUAUGAUGGCACCACAGUUUUGUCCGGCCACACCAGAGGCAAGAUCUUACAAUGGCAAUUGACGGAGAACAGCCACCCUACAGAGUUGACUGAUCUCAAUGCCUCUGUAACAAACUUGGUGUUUCCGCCGCUGCUGCAAGCACCCCGAUCCACAAAACCUGCUGCAGUCAUUAAGCCCGCUCAGGCCGAGCGGCAGUACACUUUUACGUCUCAGCUGAACACGAGCCUCGAACAAGAGACGAGGUUUGCCAGGAUGCUCAAUGGCUUUGGCGUGCCCAGCGAUAUGCUGGAGUCGGCCGUUCUCUCGUUCCAGGAGGUUCAGGCACAACCUCCUACGGAAGAAGACGAUGAGACGCAGCAGCAUACCGACGAGCUGUGGGACAUAAUCAACGAGCAAAGGGCAUUACAGAAGCUGGCUAUGCAGCCGUAUCUGGAAGCCAAAUCGGCUCGUACCUGA